AUGUCCGAACAGACCUCGCAGUCAAUUUCCUACCCUUCCCUGCCUCCAACGCUCAUUCUCACCAGUACUAAAGCAUACUUCACCCCCGAACGUACUUUGUCCUACCUCAAGUCUCUCCUCGAUCCCGCCAACAACAUCUUGCCUCUCCCAUCUGAUAUCCUCUUCUCACUCAUCCCCGACUUCCUUACCAUUUAUCCUUGCUCCCAGCUCCUCUCUCAGCAUGCCUCAGCCGACCCCUCGACAUGGCCCCUGUACCUCGGCGCCCAGGACGUCUCGCCUUUCCCAGCCUACGGCGCCUAUACUGGUUUCGUCGUGCCACCCGCUUUGACCUCUCUUGGUGUCCGCAUUGUCGAGCUCAAUCACGCUGAGCGGCGGCGCUUUGUAGGCGAAACCGACGCUUCCUCGGCUGCAAAAGCAUCCGCCGCGUGCGCUCACGGCCUUAUUCCGCUUGUUUGCAUUGGCGAGAUUGAGAAGCCGAAUCUCAACGCGCCUCUGAGUCAGGCCGUUGGCGGUGCCAUGAGGGAGUUGACGCCGCAGGUGCAGAGCGUGCUGAACGCUGUUCCGCCUGAGGCUCCUAUAAUUCUGGCAUAUGAGCCAGUGUGGGCAAUUGGUGCCGCGGAGCCUGCAGGCGUCGACUUCGUUGGACCCGUGGUGCAGGCGAUCCGAGAAGUGGUGAAGAGUGUCAAGAGCAGGACCGGGGAUACGAGGAUUGUCUAUGGUGGUAGUGCGGGACCUGGCUUGUGGUCUGGGAAGACAAAUGGCGGCAACGGCCUGGGUCAGUACGUCGAUGGCAUGUUCUUGGGGAGAUUUGCACACGAGAUCAGUGGUGUACAAAAGGUCGUGGAGGAAGUCAAGGAGAGUCGGAAGGGCAAGCAGUGA